UUUGUGUCUCACUAUUACAUUCUCCUUCUCCCCCCUGCAGCUCCCCAACGCCGUCAGCCCGAUCGGCAAUGGCGGAGAUCAGCCUGCGCACCGCCCUGGCCAUCUUGGCCGGAAUCUAUCUCCUCUACAAACUUCUCUCCUUUAUCCGCUUCUACAUCAUCGGUCGUCGCAGCGGCUAUCCCCUAGUCGUGACCCCUCUGUUCACGCGCCAUACACUCUGGCAGAUCGUGGGUCCGACCUUUCAGGUACAGCUGAAGCGCUAUCUUCCCACAUGGCUCUACGAACAUCUGGAUAUCCACAUCCACGGCUGGGAAUUUCGUCACAAGAAUGCUAUGCAUCGUCGGUAUGGCAAGAUUUUUGCCAUUGUCUCGCCUGAUGAGUGCUCUUUAUGGAUCGCCGACCCGACCGUUGGCGCAACCGUCUUGCAGCGACGCAAGGAUUUCGACCAGCCCGACGUCGUAGCCAAAUUUAUGGGCUUUUUCGGACCAACCUUAGUUCAAUCCAAUGGUGAAGACUGGACCCGCCAGAGGCGCAUCAUCGCUCCCCAGCUCAACGAAGCCAUCAUGGGUGAGGUGUGGGAAGAGGCCUGUCGCCAGGCCCGUGCUAUGCUCGAGUAUCUCCUGCAGCAUCCUGGCGGCGAGACAUUGACCGGGCUUCGCAGUAUCGCCAUCAACGUUCUCGGCCAGGCUGGGUACGGACAGAACCAGCCAUGGUCACCUGACUUUGUCGAGACUCUGGGGCAGGACUGGCAGGACGCCAGAGUAUCGUACUUCAAGACGAUUGCCAUGGUCACGGACCGGUUCGUGGAGGCGGUCUUAAUCCCAAACUCGCUGAAGGUGAUGCCAUUCAUGCCCGAGUCGAUUCGUCGACUGGGUCGCCAGAUGUUAAAGGUGCCGGAAUAUGUCAGAGAGAUUUUGGGCGAGGAGCGAAACACUAAAUCGAGUGAGGUGUCUAAGAAGCGCCACAAUCUGCUAGAUAUGCUGGUGCGAUAUGCGCAACACGGAACGGAGAGCUCUGCGAAGCUGUUUCUGUCAGAGGCAGAAAUCAGCGGCAAUCUUUUUCUCUUUACCGCCGCUGGCUUCGACACGACAGCCAACACAAUGGGAUACGCUGUGAUGUUCCUCGCACAGUAUCCCCAGUGGCAGGACUGGGUGCGGGAGGAGUUGUCGCAGUUGGACGCCGAUGUUUCGUCUUGGGGAUACGAUGUGUUUUCUCAAUGCCCACGAGUGCUGGCUGUCAUGUAUGAAACCCUCCGUCUCUUCACACCUGUCCUCCACUCCACACGCUGCGUGAUCACAACGCAGCAGGUCGCCGAUGCUGACGGCACACACGUGCUGACGCCCCCGAUGGACGUGUUUGUCUCGCAGCAGAGCAUCCACCGGGACCCGAAUGUUUGGGGAGCGGACGUGGAUGAGUUCCGGCCCACGCGGUGGAUCGACGACGCCGGUCAAGUGGUGACCCCGGCGAAGGGCACGUUCAUUCCGUGGUCGGGAGGGCCCAGAAUAUGUCCGGGCAUGAAGAUGUCGGAGGUGGAAUUUGUGGGGACGAUGGCGACCCUGUUCCGGCACGCGCGGUGCGAGCCGAUGCAGAAAGAAAAUCUGCAGCAGCAGAUGGAGGACUCGAUAUCAAAGUUGACGCUGCAGGUGAGGGAGCUUCGGGAGGUGCAGUUGCGGUGGGUGCCAGCCUGAUUAUCUUGACAAAUGAAUAUGUCGAUAUCUAGUUACCAGUAAGCCAAUCCACCACAACCAAUUAAUCA